AUGCAGCGAGUUUUCUUGCGUAUAUGCAAUCUUGUUAAGGAACAUUCUGCUCCUCUUCCCUCUCAACUGAAAUGUGGCCCUUUCUAUCUCACGUGGAAACAGCCAUGCCAGAAACUCCAUAACCUAGCCAAUGGGAGCUCCACUUCAGAUGAUGGAGCAGAUCGGUUUGGUGUUGUGUGUUUGAAUGGGCACCUUGAGCAAGAUGAUAAAGUCAACAACUUUGACGAGUUUGCAAGGGAUGUGGAGAAAGUUUAUAGAAUUCUCAGGAAAUUCCAUUCAAGGGUUCCUAAAUUAGAGCUUGCUUUACAAGAAUCGGGUGUUCCCGUACGUGCUGGGUUGACGGAGCGCGUUUUGAAUCGUUGUGGCGAUGCAGGGAAUUUGGGGUAUCGGUUCUUUGUGUGGGCGUCCAAGCAGCCUGGGUAUAGGCACAGUUAUGAGAACUAUAAGGCUAUGGUGAAAAUUUUGAGCAAAAUGAGACAAUUUGGAACUGUUUGGGCUUUGCUCGAGGAAAUGCGGAAUGAUAACAGCAUGUUGAUAACGAGUGAUUUGUUUGUAGUUUUGAUGAGAAGAUUUGCUGCUGCUAGAAUGGUUAAGAAGGCAAUUGAGGUGUUGGAUGAAAUGCCCAAAUAUGGAUGUGAGCCCGAUGACUAUGCAUUUGGCUGCUUAUUAGAUGCGUUAUGUAAAAAUGGUCACGUUAAGGAAGCUGCCUUGCUGUUUGAGGACAUGCGAAUGAGGUUUGAGCCUAGCUUGAGGCACUUCACUGCUUUGUUGUAUGGUUGGUGCAAAGAAGGGAAGUUAAUGGAGGCUAAGCAUGUUUUGGUGCAGAUAAGAGAAGCUGGGUACGAACCAGAUAUUGUUGUGUAUAAUAAUCUUUUGAGCGGGUAUGCAAUGGCAGGCAAAAUGGUUGAUGCAUUUGAUUUGUUGAAGGAGAUGAGGAGGAAAGGGUGUGAACCAAAUGCUAAUUCUUAUACAAUUUUGAUUCAGGCUCUCUCCAAGCUGCAAAAGAUGGAGGAUGCUAUGAGGGUGUUUGUUGAGAUGGAAAGAAAUGGAUGUGAGGCUGAUAUUGUAACUUAUACUACAUUGAUCAGUGGCUUCUGCAAAUGGGGCAAGGUUGAGAAGGGGUAUCAGAUUUUGGACGGUAUGGUAAAGAAAGGCCUGAUGCCUAAUCAGUUGACUUACAUGCAUAUUAUGUUGGCCCACGAGAGGAAGGAUGAACUGGAAGAGUGCAUAGAUUUGAUGGGGCGGAUGCAGAAUGAUGGCUGCACCCCUGAUCUUUGUAUAUAUAAUGUGGCAAUCCGACUUGCUUGUAAGUUGGGUGAGGUGAGUGAGGGCGUUCGGCUCUGGAAUGAGUUGGAAGCAAGUCCCUUUAGCCCAGGGUUUGAUACCUAUGUGAUUAUGAUUAAUGGGUUCAUUGGCCAGGAAGGAGGUUUAGUGCAGGCUUGUGAGUAUUUCAAAGAAAUGGUCGGGAGAGGGUUGCUAUCUGCUCCUCAAUAUGGCAUCUUGAAGGACUUAUUGAACACUCUGCUAAGAGACGGGAAGCUUGAACUGGCUAAAGAUACUUGGAACUGUAUUAUGGCUAAAGGAUGUGAUCUCAAUCUGGAUGCCUGGACAAUUUGGCUACAUGCACUGUUCUCAAGUGGGCAUGUGAAGGAGGCUUGCUCGUAUUGCCUGGAGAUGAUGGAUGCUGAUGUCAUGCCACGUCCUGAUACUUUUGCUAGACUAAUGCGUGGCUUAAGGAAGUUGUACAACAGACAAUUUGCUGCAGAAAUCACAGAGAAGGUCAGGCAGAUGGCAGCAGAGAGGCAGAUGACAUUCAAGAUGUACAAACGACGAGGAGAGAGGGAUUUAAAAGAGAAAGCCAAGUUAAAACAAGAUCCAAAGAAGAGGAGAGCUCGUAGACAGCACCGGGGUGGAGUUCAUGAAAAAGCUACAAUUUUAUAG